AGGGUCGCUUAUAUCAAUUUAUCUCGAUCUCCGGGAAUAAUAGCCUCUUGCAGUGUUAUACAAGUUUUGUACUUAGUAAAAAACUAUUUUUUUAAUAAUACAGGAUUUUUUUUAUGAUGAGUUUUAGUUCAUCAUCUUAGUAUGUCUAUUAACCGCUAUUAUAUCCAGUUACCACAGUCCAAUUUUGUCAUAAAUAUAUUUUCAUUUGAUGUACUUACACGCUAGUGAUGCUGAUGCCGACAGUUGAGUUUAAGUGUAGUUUAUAUCACAUUUAUCUUUUCAGGCAGUGUAACUUUUCAAGAAUAUUUUAAAUUAUCGGUUUAUGAACAAUAAAGUAAUGUUAGUUAAAUGUAGCUAAUAAUACUGAUGGGCAAAUUCAGUUGUAUGGACUUCAGUAACUUUAAGCAAUUGUAGUUGUCAUCAUGAACCAAAAUCCACAUUAUCGGACUACUCUGCCUCAUCAAAUUCAUCAUGCACAGUGUUCUCCUAUUCAAAGUUUUCCUGCAAGAUUUCCUGUGCCUGGACCUUUAGAUGGGUUGAAUCCAAUGAUCCCAACCCCUGUCACAUCUUCAGAGUCACAGUACCAUUCUCAUAUUCAACCCUUUCUUAAUAAUAGGCCAAAUGAACAGCUUUUAAAAACUGUUGAACAACAGAAGAGCAGUGAUAGAAAUUUUAACAUGCAAACAACAAAUGACAGGACUAAUCAAGAUAGCUACAAAACUACAAACACAGAGAAUCAAUUUAAUGCUCAUUGUAAUCAAGGGGCGAAAAAUUGUAUUCAAUGUUUUAAUAAAACUCAAUCCAAACCCCAGGCACAAGCCACUGCUAGGAGCAAUGGGAAAAUCAUGGUUGAUGUUGCUACGAUGACAGAUCUUGAUGAAACAGAUCAAAUGUCUUGGCAGAAUGUUUCUAUGCCACCUAAUACAAAAGUUGCUGAAUAUCUUACAAGCUUAAGACAGUUUUUAAAGCUGUCCAGUCCUAAUGAAAACAAAAGGAAACUUGGAGAUGUUCGAAUCGUGACUUCUCCAGAUGGUUCACGCUUAUACUGCUGUCCUGAGUGUCAUAUGGCUUAUCCUGAUAAAUCUCUACUUGAACCACAUCUUGCAACACAUAAGAUCGAGAGGCGCUUUGUAUGUGGAGUUUGCGGAGCAGGGCUUAAGAGGAAGGAACAUCUAGACCGACACCAAUUAUCUCACUCAGAAGAACGCCCUUACUCAUGCGCUGCUUGUCCCAAGACAUUUAAGCGUAAUGAGCACCUCACUCGUCACUACAUCGUUCAUACUGGCGAAAAGGCUCAGGGUGAGCGGAGGUUCGUGUGCGAUGUAUGUGGAGCUGGACACACUCGUCAGGAACACCUUGAUCGUCAUUUGAACCAACAUAGUGAGGUCAGACAACAUGCAUGUUCCACUUGCGGUAAGGCCUUCAAGCGAUCAGAACACCUUGCCCGCCACCUCGUCAUCCAUACAGGCAACAAGACCCACAUAUGCUUUGAGUGUGGUAAAGGUUUCUACAGGAGAGAUCAUCUUCUCAAGCACUACUCAGCUCAUCGCUCACCACACAAACUUCAGCUUAACAUAAUCUAGUCGUAAAAAUAUUAAGUGUUUAAAACAAAAAAAAUAUUUAUCACAUUUGACAUUAAUUGUUAAUUGAUGUUUUAUCAUAAAUAAUUAGGAUAGUGUAAAAAAAAGUGCUCUUUCUGGGCAAUUAUAAUUUCCACAGAUUAUUAUAAAUAGUAUAGUUUGAUUUUUGUAAAUACGAUAAAUAUAAUUCGGGUGUUUGUUGUAGAAUGUGCACUAUAAAAUUUUUCACACAUCCAUUGUAACAAGUAGACAUCUUUAUUGCUCUCUAUAAAUUUGAUUACACUUUGAAGUAGUAUAUGGAUAUAAUUUCUAUUUAUGUCAAUAAACUACAGAAGAAUGAAAUAAAUUGUUUAUAUAUUUUGUUACAUAAAUAUUACUAUGAAACUAUUCAUUUUGAUGUGAAGUUAGCUUUUAAUAAAUUGAAUAAUAUUGCUAAGAUACUGGCGAUCAGACAGUGCUUUAGAAUUGCUGGUUUUCAGGCAUUCUCAAAGCUCCCUGAAUGGUAAAUUAUAAAUUGUCAACUUCAUAUUUGAAAACAUUAAUACAUGUGAUAUGUAGUGACGGUACAUUUAGAAAAAUAUACGAUCAUUUCACAGGGUUACUGUGUUACGAAAAUUAAUUUUUAAAAUCUAAUAUUACAAAAAUAAGUUUUAAUCUUGAAAUAUUGUUUUCUCUUAUUAAAAUGCCCUCAAUAAAUUUGAUUUAUUAAUAAAAUAAAUUACCGCAUUAUGUGAUUUAUAAUUUUUAAAAAAAAAUGACUGAUUGAAUUUAUGGCUCAUUGGACAAUUUAAAAUUAAAAUAAUGAAUAACAACGAAAAUGGAUGUUCAGUCUUUCACUGUUGGGAACCUAAGUCCAUUCGUUAAGGUUAAUACCAAUUUCUUUCAAUAUAUCUAAUAUAUGUGAGUUGGAUAAUGUAUUUAUUAUAACAUUAACAUUAAAUUUUCUCUCUCUUUACAAUGAAAAAAUGAAUGCUUAUUGUUGGAUUUUUUUUUCUUUUUUAACGAUAUUUUUUAUUCUUAUUGUACAAUAUAUAGAGAGUAUUAAAUCUGUAUGUUUCAUUUCUUAUUUAUUUGUUGUUUUUUUUUUAAUUAAAUAAUCUAUGUUUUUCUUUUAUUUACUGUGCAAUAAUAUAAUUAUAUACUUAAUGAGUAUGAUGUGUAGGGCAAUCAAAUUGUUUUUAGACCCAUUUUUACUUUUUAUAGUUAUAAGCCUUUAUGAAUUAGAAAAAUUAUGGAAUUGAAAGAGUGAUUUAUUAUGAUAAAAAUAUCUUCUUUUUUUUUAAUUUAAUGGUGUAAAUUCUCUAAUUAUUAAAAUAACUUUAAAAAAUAAAUAAAAAUAAGCAUCUUAAAUUAAUAUUGCUUUUUUUUCUCUAUUUAAAAGAGAUUAACAAACAAAUAUUUUACCAUUUUCUCCACGUGCCUUUGUUAUUGUGUAUAUAUUUAGUAGAAUAAAGUAAUUUUAUUAUUAAAAUAUUUAUAUGUAUAUAUUAUGAAAUAAAGAAAUUUAUUC